AUGAGUUUGAUGAAGACUGUUUAUAUAUGAAUAUAUAUGUUCCAAAAAUUAAGCAGAAAUCAUUACCGGUGUUGUUAUAUGUACACGGAGGAUCUAACAUUGCAGGUAUGGGCGCCAUGUUGGAUGGAGAUGUUCUUGCAGCACAUGGGGAAAUCAUCGUAUUAACAUUUAAUUACAGGCUUGGUAUAUAUGGUUUUUAUGCAGACAAAAGUAAAGGAAUUGAAGGUAUAUACGGUUUGUUAGACCAGUUACAAGUAAUGAAAUGGGUUAAUCAAAACAUCAAGUAUUUUAACGGCGAUCCAGAUAAAGUUACCAUCCAUGGUCAUAGCUUAGGGGCUUCAGAUGUUGGACUUCAUAUUGUUUCCAAUCUGACAAAAGGACUCUUUAAAAAUGCCAUCAUACACAGCGGUUCACCAAUUGCCUAUUGGUUUUUAUCUGACUGUAUAAGAACCAGUAGAAAGACAUCAUUACCCGUAGAUUGUAGACCUGGGACAACUCGGGUAAACAAUGAAUUCAACCCAAUACAUAAUAAAUUGACGAACAUAUCUAUAGAAAUGUUAAAUACAGGUCUGACCAAGGACAUAACAUUUGGAACAUAUCCAAUAACUAUAGACGGAUAUUAUACAGCAGAGAGUCCAGAAGUGGUGUAUCGAUGUGAAAACAAUAUUCAUGCAGAAUCAGUUUUAUUGGUGUUGUCGAGAGAUGAAUUAUUUCCAUACACGUCAACAGACGUGGAGUUUGAUAUGACCACCAUCAAAGGGUUUAUACAGCACUAUCAACAACUGUUUCCUAACGACGAUCAGUUUGCAAAUAAUGCAAAUCUAGUUUACAAUGAAUGGAAACAAAGUAAUGUUUUACCAUUUCCUCAGGUACCAAGAAUGCAUGCAGAUCUCAUUUUCUAUACACCUAUGAUUAAAUUGGCAGACAUAGUAUCAAGAUGGUUAAACAAGACAUAUUUGCUCAGCUUCGAAUACAUUUCAGAGAAACCAUCUGGACCGUUGUGGCAAGGUGUACCACAUGGCUGGGACUUGUUUUAUAUGUUUGGUAUACCACUUGUUGGACACCAUAUACAUAAUUAUACAGCAAGAGAUGUAGAAGUGUCUAAAACUACUAUGUCAUUAUUAAGUGAUUAUGUGAAAUAUGGAUAUUUGUCCACCAAUGACACUGAAUUAACAGGAGUUUACGAUUCAAAACUUAGAAACUACUACAAGAUAAACUACAAUGGUACACAGACUAUUGUUACUUCUGGAGUCAACUUCAAGAAGCCAUAUUAUGAAUUCUGGAAUAAAUAUCUGUAUCAAUAUGAAGACAUGCUGUGCGAUACAAGUACUAAGCUGGGUGUGUGUUUAUAUCAGCUAUUGUUUUCUUUCACAAUAUAUACUCUCUUUUUUACAUGAUAUAAUUUGUAAUGGCAAAAUCUAUACAAAUUUCCUUACAUUUAACAGGGUUGUAAUCCUUGUUGUCUAUAGAAUUCAGGCAGUUAGUUGCAUGUUGUACUAUCAUGCUAUCAUUAUUCAUCCCCUGCAUGAUAUUGAGUAAAACUGGAGAGUAUUUUUAUAACUUUCAAUUUAUUUUUCUAUUUCCUUAGUGUCUAAUGGGUCUAGAAUAUCAACUUAGAGUUAAUGAUAAUAAAAAUGACAUUUUUUGGUUUGGUUGUGGGGUCGAAAAUGUGAUUUCGUAUUAAACGAUUGGUCUCAAAACUUACUAUGUAGACACUACCUGUAUCUUUUGUUAAAAGUAGACACAUAACAUCACGCACGGUUGUAAAAAUUGUGUCAGAAAGUCAGAAUAUAUAUAUCAUUUUUCUUCUCUUAUUAAAAUAUCUUGAAAUGACCGAAGUUUUGUUUUACAUUUAA